AUACUAUUAGCAUAAUUAAUGAUUUACUGCAGAAACUGAUUUAAGAUAAUUUACAAAAUGCAACUUUGCCUGUCAGAUUUUCUUCAGUUGAUUACGCCGGCCAGUUUUGUUUAAUCGCCUAAGUGGUUGCUGUUAUUGGACAAAAAUAUUUUUAUUUGUUAAUAUUUCGUAUGAAUAUAUAUUGAUUUCAUAAUGUUGGAAGAAGCUUUUACAUGGCAAUUUAAUAUAAUAGCGCCACCAAAUUUAAAAUUGCGAACACCGACAUGGUUUCAUUUACCCCACCCAAUGACGAUCUUCUCGUUUGUGCUGUUGUCCUAUUUUUUGGUGACUGGUGGUGUUAUUUACGAUAUCAUAGUAGAGCCGCCAAGUGUCGGCGCUACAGUAGAUGAAAAUGGUCAUUCUCGUCCAGUAGCGUUUAUGCCUUAUCGUGUUAACGGCCAGUAUAUUAUGGAAGGAUUAGCAGCAAGCUUCCUCUUUACUAUCGGUAGCUUAGGAUUUAUAAUAAUGGAUCACAAUCACGUUCCUGGCAAAUCGAAUCUUAAUCGUGCAUUGCUCAGUGCAAUGGGAUUUAUAUUUAUUAUUGUCUCAUUUUUUACAACUUGGCUUUUUAUGCGUAUGAAAUUACCUAGUUAUCUGUUAGGAUAGCUGUAGGAGUAUACCAUAUUUUAUAUUAUUUAUUCUCCACAUAAGCUUAUAUAUAUUUUUUCGAUUAUCUUUUACGUUAAUAUGAAAGUUAACAAUCAGUGAGCUUAAUAAAAAUGAGGUUAAUUUUUGAAUA